AGGUGGCCCCAUCUGCACGGCCAAGCGGAAUCAACUUCCUGGUUGUCACACGUGGUGGGUGUGUGGAUACUGACUGAUCAGUGUUUCCUGCGUGUUGGAUACAGCUUAUAGCAGGGUGUGCAGUACUAGAUGUACCCGUGUUGCAAUAGGUAACCCGGUUUUGCAGUCAAGGGGAACAACUUUCUGGUUGUCCAACAUGGGUGUGUGGCGACCGACUGUCAGUGUGGUGUUGUCAGCCUGUUUGUUGCAACUUGUAGCAGGUACCAGCUGCCCAGGAGGAAUGUUCGGAGACACCUGUAUCUACUCAUGCCACUGCACUCCGCCCUGUAACCAGACAACUGGAGUCUGUAACGGUGCAUGUGAUCGAGGUUGGUUUGGUGGGAAUGGGCAAACUUGUCAGAGAGAGAACGUUGCCUUCAACAAGACAGCAUCUUCGCCCCCGACUGACCAUGGACAUAAAGGCUGGACCGCAGACAAAGCCGUAGAUGGGAACCGGGACCAGGAUGUGCUUCACGGCUCCUGUUAUCACUCUAAUUCUAAGGCACCUAAUGAUACGUGGACAGUGGACCUGGCACAGCCGUACAGGAUACACGACGUCAGGAUAUACAACAGGGCAGGAUAUCCUCAUUUGAUCAGGACUGCUGUCCUCACACUGAGUAACUCCAGCAGCUUCACACACGGCGUCACCUGCUUCAUAUUCCCCAAUGACACAGCUAAAACAAUCAACAGCGUGUACGACGUGACGUGUGACGGCACAGGGAGAUACUUCACUAUCACACACAGCACAGGACUAAUCCUGUGUGAGGUGGAGAUUUAUGUUUGCAGCCCAGGAGUCUUUGGUGAUAGCUGCAAUCAGUUCUGCCACUGCUUCCAAGCAACAUGUGACCCAGUUAGUGGUGUGUGUCCUGGAGACUGUAGACCAGGAUGGCAGGGAGGCAGGUGUGAUACAGUGUGUUCAAAUGGCAGCUACGGGCAGAACUGCAACAACUCUUGCAUGGAAAGAAGAUGUGCAGGUGACUCGCCAUGUGAUCACAUAGGAGGGACGUGUAUUCCCAGGUGUGAGAUAGGGUGGAUGGGUGACGAUUGUAGACAAGCAUGCUCAAGUGGAAGUUAUGGACAGAACUGCAGAAACUAUUGCACAGACAGGAAGUGUGCAGGAGACUCACCAUGUGAUCACGUACGAGGGACAUGUGUUUCCGGUUGUGAGCCAGGGUGGAUGGGUAAAGACUGCAGAGAAGCAUGCUCAAGUGGAAUUUAUGGACAGAACUGCGGAAACUAUUGCACAGACAGGAAGUGUGCAGGAGACUCACCAUGUGAUCACGUACGGGGGAAAUGUGUUUCUGGGUGUGAGCCAGGGUGGAUGAGUGAAGACUGCAGAGAAGCAUGCUCAAAUGGAAGCUAUGGACACAACUGCAACAACUCUUGUACCGACAGGAAGUGUACAGGAGACUCGCCAUGUGAUCACGUUCAGGGGACAUGUGUUUCCAGGUGUGAACCAGGGUGGAUGGGUGAAGACUGCAGAGAAGUCUGUUACAUUGGACGUUACGGAGCUAACUGUGACAAGACUUGCGCCUCCAGACAGUGUGUGGGGAACUCUUCCUGUAACUCAACAGGGGACUGUGACAAUGGGUGUGAGACAAGGUGGACAGGAGCGGACUGUACAGUCUGUGACAUUGGACGUUACGGAGUAAACUGUGACAAGACCUAUUCCUCCAGACACUGUGUUGGGGACUCUUCAUGUUACUCAACAGGGCACUGUGACUGCGGGUGUGUGACAGGAUGGACAGGAGCGGACUGUACAGAAGACGUGAGGAGUGUACAAGCAGCCGGAUAUAACACUAGCCAGUUAGCUGUUGCCGUGGCAGUGGCAUUCGUGGCUGGUGCUGUAUUAGGUGUCAUCGUCAGUGUUAUUGUCUGGAGGAGAAGGAAUAGACGCUUAGACAAGACAUCGCACCCAACCCAUAUAUCUAACGCUCAAACUGAACGAUCGCAGGCCAGUGAUGACGUUGGCCCAGGUACUAGGACAUACGACAGUCUCAAUGCCGUCUCAUAUGACGCCAAGAUGGAAGGAGAUACAUAUUGCACCAUUAAAUCUAGCAAAACAGAUUUAGGAACUGAUGCCACUGUUUUUACGUCAUGUGACGUGUCCGACUCUAAUGGAGCACGGACGUACGAAACUCUUGACAACACGUCACGUGGAACGGAUGGUGAAUACAGUGAGAUCGGGAAACUUAAGUGACUUUCUAGUGACAAAUUUACAGUUUAAAUAAAAUUAUAUAUUGGUACUUGUACCUGUAGUCCCAAAAGGUGGCCCAUAACUGUAAUAUAUAUUUCUAUUUUUGUGGGUUUAAAAUUGUAAUGAAUAAAUUCUUAAUUUACGUAUUUCUGUAGCGUCAGGUCUCUAUUGAUCCUCCCACCGACCUCACACACUAAGUCACUAAAUGGCACAGUUUCAAUGUGAAUUAUGUAAGUUCAUUUGGAGUAAGGCAUAUAUUUGAUACAUGUUAUGCACAUGAUGACGAUCAUAUCAUAUCAAUUCAAUUGCGGUUACUUUAAAUAUAGUUAAUAUAUCAUACAAGUAACUUGGGGGCGGACACGUAAUGCAUUGAACGAAGCUGUAUGCUUACAUCGUGAAAGAAAAAAACUAUCGCACUGAUCAACUAUCACUAUCAACUUUUAAACCCUGAAUAUGGCUGAUAUGCUGUACAAGUUGGUUUGAAAAAGCUUAACAUUGUAUGUUUUGUUCAACUUCAACGAUGUACGCAUGUGUAUUAAUUGUUUCAGUUCAACACUGAAUUGUAACAGGAUACUUGAUUAAACAACGUAUGUUCAUACGUGCAUGGUUUUGUUUCAAACAGAUCACAUGAUUCAACAUUGCCGGUCAGUCAGAACAAAACACUAUGCUGUAACCCAAUGUCCCCUGCUGUGAACUGUAAAUAGUUUUACAAUUAUACUCAUACAAAAAGACAACGUGAAUGUAUUUAUAUGUUUCUAUAUUGAAGCUAUAGCUGGUGUUUACCUUAUAAUUAUAGUUUUGUCUGUGUAUGCAUAAAGACGUUGUAAUAAUGAUGUCACCACCUUUGUAUGUGGUUUCAUGGAGAUGACAAAUUUACUUGAUCUGUACACUUAUAUAUAUGGAUUGCGAUUAUAUAUAUAUGUAUAUAUAUAUGUCGUAGAAUCCUGUGUAGCCGCAUGUCAAACUAUCAAUGUGUAUGUUUUGUGUUAGUGAACUUACCAAAGCAAUCAGCGACCGUCUAGGCAUUUGAAAAUAUCUGUGAUAGACGAUUCACUUGAUAGAUUGCGAGUAUGUAUUAUUGUAAUGAUGUUAUAUAAACAGAUGCUAUAAACAAAAUAACAGUGGUACUUUUUUAAAUCAGAAAUGUCAAUUUUCACAUGCUUCGCUGACAGGAAAAUAGUCUUCGUCUUACUUACACAAUUCGUAUUUCAUCAAAAGUCAUUAUAUAAUUAAUUACCCCCCUUUGUAACAAGGCAAGCUAUGUUGAUAAGUUGUAAACUUCAUAUUGAAUUAUCGCCCUUUGUUACUAAGGGCGCUUUAAAAUUGUCUAUUAUUAUCUCCCUUUGGCGCUACAGCUCUACGAACAUAUUUGUGUAUUCGUUUUGUUUAUUUGUGUUUGGGUUGUUGUAUUUUAUUGUCAAGUUAUAUUGUAUAUGAUAACACACCAAGUAAGUUAAUAUGCUAUGUUGUGAAAACCACGCAAACCACCUUUCACAUUUUGUAAACCUAGGUAAACCCAGAGUAGUAUCAUAUGUGAUGGGUCAUUGCAUCCGUAGCCUCCAACCCUGUAAUCUCUAUGCACAAGGAGACUUUAGUAUCAUUUACAUUUUAUGACUGUGACAGUCACAUGUUUGUUAUUGUUUUAAUGUCUCACUACGUUUUCUGUAUAUGACUUAUGUGUAUAAACUAUGUUAGUAAGAAAACAUGUGGCGACAGUAGUAAGUCUUGAAUUAUUUACUCAAAUUCUAAAAUAUAUCACUCAUAUGUUGUACUGCUUGACACAGAUAACUUUGACAUUUACUUGAGUUAUUGCUUUUCGUACAGUAUAACAUCUUUGCGAUUAUAUUGUAAUUAUAUACUAUCACUUGCGCUCCCUCAAUAAACAACAUCAAAACUC